GAUGGAGACAGAGAGGGGGAUUACCUCGGAGGGAAAACUUUUCCUCCUUUGUUUUUUAAGUGCCGUUUGCUCCAGAGAAGGGGAGAAAAGAAGAGAGAGAGAGAGAGAGAGAGAGAGAGGGCAGGCCGUGUGAGAGAGGCUGGUUCAGGUUUUCCAGAGAGGAGGACCCGGUUCAGUGUGGAGUCACCGACGGGGAGCUUCAACGGUUAAUGUAGCCCCGGAGUUGAGCUGCUGAGCGCGGAGAAUGGAAACUAGCUAAACCCGCUCACAUCUGCCGACGGAGCCUGUUUGAAAAAGAUUUGCAUAAAGCAGAGAGAGGAACAAAACGAUGCCGCUGCUGUCGGUUUACUGCAGCUUGUGAGGUUUAAAAAGAGCCCGGGGACGAGUUGAGAGAAAACCGGUUUUCCCUGGUACCUUAGCGCUGCUUUUGUACCAGUGAAUGGUGGGCUGUUGUUCCUGCCUGACAGGGACAAGUUCACGUUACAAGUGGCGGACACACAGACUCAACGGUUUGACUGAGUUGCAGCUGCACAUACAGGGCAGCUUGAAGAAGUCACAGUUGACCUGAAGAUUUCACACCUCACCUUUACCUCUUGUAUACUUGGCUUCUCUGGGUGAGUCACCAAACCUGCUCAAAUGGACUUGAGAUAACGCCAAUUGAAGUUCUUCUCUCAUCCUGAACUUCAGCCGGUCCCAGAGCCUUUGACAUUCAACCAGAAUGGCAGAUCCCACUGGGCUGAGCUCAGAAGGGGCGGGGGCAGGUAUGGCAGAGGUUGACGCCUGCAGUUUGGAGAUAGAGAGGAAGUAUGAUGUCAUCCCCGCCGUCAUCUGUUCAAUGUGCUGCCUGUUCGGCAUCAUCUACUGCUUCUUUGGUUACCGCUGUUUCAAGGCUGUCAUGUUUCUCUCUGGCCUGAUGUUUGGCUCUGUUAUCAUUUUUUUGCUGUGCCACAAGGAACAUGUGCUGGACACCCAGCUGAGCGUCGAGGCCAGCGCAGGUAUCGGCCUCGGUAUAGGCCUCCUCUGUGGCCUGGUCACUAUGCUGGUGCGAAGCGUCGGCCUCUUCAUGACCGGCCUGCUGCUGGGCCUUCUCCUGGCUCUCGCUGCCCUGCUGGUCACUCACCAGUUCUACACACCGACCACGGUCUGGGUGCCGCUGGGUGCUCUUUUGGGAACAGGCAUGCUGUUCGCUGUGCUGACACUGCAAUGGCAGAAGCUCUUCACCAUGCUGUCCACUGCUGUGUUCGGGGCAGCCAUCAUGACAGUGUGUGCUGAUUACUUUGUGGAGAUGCUGGCUCUGGCCACACACGUGUAUGACUGUUUGCGCCUCACUCCAGGACCAGCGCUCUGCUGGUACAGCUGGGUCAUUCUAGGCAUCUGGCCUGCGCUCAGCCUCAUAGGAGUACUGGUCCAGUGGAAACUGACUGAUGACACCUUCUCACACACUGAGGUCGUUAUCAGUCGGAGACAAAAGAGAGUCCAGCUGAUGCGGAUUCGAGAGAAGGACGCCAAGAAGCGACAGCAGGCAGGUGGGCAGGAAGGCACUUACCGUCGUAAACCCACCCCAGUGAAACGUUACGCUGGGGAUCUACUGGCACCGAGCUACCUGCAAAGUCUGCGGGACAGACAGAUGGGCACCGGCACUUCCCUUAGCAGCCUGGGCACCGCCAACCACACCAUGAUCGACUUGGACUACGACACCGGGUCCACCGUGCCUCUCACUGCUACCACUCCAGUCGUCAGGGUCUGAGCAACGCACAGAUAAGAAGGGACUACGUAGUGCUCUCUGGUUCUCCAACGGUGUCUUUCUAACGUAGAGUAGAACCUGUUAACUGCUCCGCUAUAUAAGGGCUUUUAUUGCCUUUAAAUUGGUUUGAAGUGAGGAUGGACUUUUCUCCAGAGUCAGUUCUGGGUGUUCAGUGAAACCGAAUGCUGCUUUCUGGGGAGAAGUGAGAGGUGUCAGGCUCCUGUUAGAUGAUCCUAAAACCACUGCAACCACUGUGCUUCUCAGAGAAACGCAAACUAACAAAAUACGGUCACCCAUUUCCACUCAUAAUGUAUUGAAUACAUAACAGCAAGUUUGAGCCUCAAAAACAGAUGUUUUGGUAGUGAAUAUGGCAAAGCAGUUUGUUUGACAUUACGUGUACUGUACUUAAAAAGUUAGUCAUUGCCAUGAAGUGUUGUGCUAUUACUUGUCUUUCUGUUUAACUGUGUGGUCGUAGGAUUUGUGGGCAGUUAUCAUUAAAGUGACUUUUAUUUUGUGUAUUUUUUUUUAAGAUGGAGUUUGGUGAGAAAGUAAAAUCUGACGUGAAUAUGUGGAAAUGAGGAUCGUUUUUGCAACGUAGCCCCUGUCAGAACACAAUAGGUGAAGAAUUUAGUCUGUCGUGUAUGCUUGUGGAGUCAAUUUUUUGUAAUUUAAUUUAUAUAAUGACCAAGUACAUGGUAGUGUUGGGGGGAAAAAAAGGACAAAAAACAAAGCAUGUUUGUUGUUAAUUUGCAGAUUUUUAAAUAAUUAUCCAUUUGUUGUUUGAAUUUUUCAGGGGCAACGCACUUGUUUCCUGAAUCUGUAAAUACCUGUUGAUAGAAAUUUCAAAGAUAAAUAAAUUUGUUUGAUAGAAAAGCAAGAA